AUGGCAGAUCGCCGUAAGCAACAAAAUUUUCAGGCCCUUCCUCAGUAUUUGACAGAGGAAAUGUGGUCCAGCUUCUCCCGUCAAAGCCAGGAAAAGAGCCGAUCCAUGCUUCUCCAACACAGUUGGAAUUUAGGAAUGAGAUGUCCAUUCGAAGGUUCGUUUGCCAUCAUCUACAACAUCCUUCACCUGACGUCUUCUCAGCACGGACGAGCGAUCUCACCCUUUGGCAAGUAUCAAGGAAUUCAGCAGGUAAAGAAGGAGUGGAAAAACUACAAAGUGGCAAAGCGACAUGAGGACUUCAAGUAUGCGGAGUACUUGGAGGUGCUUCCACAGGACGUGCAGCAUCUUCCAGCGGAAUAUUAUUUGAUUGCGUUUCAGCAUGACCUUCCUGAGCCUCAGACACAGUCUGACAUGUUGGUUGCGACGACGCAGCCGGCAGCAGUUGAGCCUGAGGAGUUGCCUCCUGCCGGCGAGGACCGUGUGGAUGCUGAGAACCUAGAGAACACCGUCCCUGUGCCUUUGGAUGAAGGAUUGCACAGGUUGCAAGGAAGCUUCGGAAAGGCUAAGGCAAAGGCUGCAUCGAAGAAAGCAGCAGCUGCACCCAAGAGCAGUAGCAAGCCAUCGAAACGAUGCGCGAAGAAAGGCACAGCCAAGAGCAAGGUUUCCAAGCCGGGCAAGGUCAAGAAACCACAGCCCAAGGAACCCAAGAUGACCCGAGAAUGCGUUUACAGCCGGGCCUACCACCAAGCUGCCAGCAAGUACAGAAAGCAGGGCAUGACCGAGACUCAGGUCAAAGAGAAGUCGAAGGCAGCGGGGCAGCGGGCCUUGAAGCAAGUGUUUCCUGAGUAG